UAGACAUAUCCAGACCCACAAAUGCUCAUCCCACAUGGAUUCGCGAUAUUGAGAACUCACCCCCACAUUUCUCACCCUCUUCCUCCUUCCCUUCUCUCCCUUAACAUAAUUUUUUUUUAAUUGUUAUUGUUAUAAACAAGCCAGCUCUCCCCAGACUGGCUACGCAUUUUGAUGUUGAUAAUAAUAAUAAUAAUUCUGCCUUCCAUUUGUUCUCGAACCAGAACUCCCAGACAAUUCUUCUUGGAUCUGCAAACAUUCGCUUAGCGUCUCUGCAUUGGGUUCAGAAACUAGGAGUCGUGGCCUCGACCGAAAAAUUUGAGGGGGAAGGAAGAGGAAAGGAGACUCAUUUAUUUACCUUUAAGAAGGCUGGAUUUAAUUUCUGGAUGGUGGUGAUCUCCAUGAGCUGUUUAAAGUUACGCAUUCAAUUUUGUGUAAAUGGAGUCAAAAUCCUAUCUCAGAAGGGUCUUACUGUGCUGUAUGGGUAGACUUGACAGUAAAUGAUAAAUCUAUCACGGAGUGGGGGGUAAUUCUUUGGGUAGUUGAGGAGGGUUGAGUAUAUUUAAUAACAGGUGGGUAUGGCUGCAAAACUCCUGCACUCUUUAGCAGAUGACAACCCUGAUUUACAGAAGCAGAUAGGAUGCAUGUCCGGGAUUUUGCAACUUUUUGAUCGGCAUCAUAUUCUUACUGCCCGACAGAUUAACCAGAAGAGGCUUCCUCCUGCUAAUCGUCCAAGUGGAAACUCUCACUUUGCUAACGGCAUCCUGGAAAAAGAUUCUAGUAGUGCAAGGCAGCAGCAAAUAACAUCUGAUGUGAGCCCAAACAAGGGCUUUGGUGAGAAACAAAGGAUAUCCACAGAGUCAUCAAGAGUCUCUUUCUCGUCUUCAUGUUCAUCAUCCCUGUCCUCUCUGGAUUGCAGAGCUCAAAUGGAGGGUUCCUUUGAUCGCAUUAUUUAUCCUGAAACUCCUUCAAGGGAACCAGUUAUGAACCAAACAACUGUCUCUCCCCAUUUAGGAAUGCAAUCCCUUGACCUGAGGGAUGUGGUGAAGGAUUCUAUGUAUAGGGAGGCCAGAGGACUACCGAUGAAGAAGGCUACUGCUGAAGAAGAAGCUGUCUUUCAUGCUGUGAAGCACAGGGACUCCCCGAGACCACUUCACCUGUCCAAAUCUGCUGAUGGAUCUUGUGGAGUUGGAAUUGAUGGGAAGCAAAGUGUGCCUGUUGAUGUAAAAGAGUCUCUCAGAGUUCUUGCUAAACUUAGAGAAGCACCAUGGUAUUAUGGUGAAGCCAGAGAGAUUCCAAGAUCAUCAAGUGAAGUAAAAGAUGGACACUGGCAUUUGAUCUCAAGGGAUGCUCCUCGGUUUUCUUAUGAUGGAAGAGAAAUAAGUCGUCUAUCUUUUGAAUCAAGGGAUACGAUCAAAGGCCCACCAAAGCUAAAAGAGCUGCCUAGACUUUCACUGGACAGUAGGGAAGGCUCAUGGUGCACUUACAGUGCUGAUUCAAAACCCAAUCUCCUAUCAAGGAGCCUUGGAAGUGGCAACUCCACCUCGGAUGAUAAAAUGGGUAGUUUACCACAGUCAACCCAGAGGCGACCUCCUAGUGUUGUAGCAAAAUUGAUGGGCUUAGAAGCAUUGCCUGAUUCCUAUAUGGCUGCUGAUACUCCAUUGAAUUUGGGCGGAAAUUUCUCAGCUCAACAUGAUACUCAGUUUCCAAAAUCAUCAAAAAAUGGACUGAUCAAGCCUCUGAAAGUUUUUAAUUCCCCAAGAAGCUCAUUGAAAGACCCAACCUCACCACGACGAAAGAACCCUGAUUUAGUUAUGAAACCUAUUUCAAGUUCGAGAUUUCCAAUUGAACCGGCACCUUGGAAGCAGCAGGAUGGAAAUCAGAGCUCUCAGAAAUCAAGUUUGAAGGCCAUGAAAGCUCCAACAAGAACACCAGAUUCAUUUCCUUCAGUUUAUAGUGAGAUUGAGAAGAGAUUGAAGGAUCUUGAGUUCAAACAAUCUGGAAGGGACCUCCGAGCACUCAAACAGAUACUGGAAGCAAUGCAAGCAAAGGGAUUGUUAGAGACCAGAGAAGAAGAACAAGCUGUGGAUGAUGAAAGUCAAAGAGACAAUGGAACAAAUACUGUGAGUCUGAGUCAAAACUCUAGAUCAGUAAGGCAACAAAGCCCACAUAGCAAUAAUUUUCUGUCUUCCUCAAGGAGGGUAGCAGACUCAAGGGCUUGUGAGUCUCCAAUUGUGGUCAUGAAACCAGCAAGGCUUGUUGAUAAAACUGGAAUUUCUGCUUCCUCAGUAAUUCCUGUUGGCGGACUUUCUAGUUUCCAUAAACUUGACAGUGUUGCAAAUGAAGAUAAGAAAAGAAUUUCAGCUUCCAGUCGAAUAUCAAAAGAUCACUCUCCUAAAAACAACCGCAGGGAUACUACUGCCAGUUCCAAUGAUAGGAAAAAUGGUAGCGUCAACACUAUAAAAUCUGCACAAUCUCAAUCUAGGUCUCAACAAAUUUCAAAAGAAAAUAGCUUAAGCUCAAUAAAGAAUUCAGGAUCUGUGAGUCCAAGAAUGCAACAGAAGAAGCUAGAGUUUGAGAGGCGAUCUUGUCCACAAACUCCACCAUCAGAUUCAAAUAAAGCCAGAAGGAAAUACAGUAAACAAGCCACAGAUUCAGGUUCGCCAGGUGGAAAACUGAGACCAAAAUCCCCUUGCUUACAGCAGAGUGAUAACCCACUGAGUCUGAUAAGAAAUGAAACAAGAACAUCAAGUUGCCAAAAGGAUGAAAUAUUUGUGGAAUCUGAUAGUAUCACUGUCUCAGACUCAAAUAUGGAUAUGGAAGUCAGCAGCAGUUUACAAUCUCCUCAAACUAAUGAUAGCCGGUGCCCCUCCAUGAAAACUGUGAAGCAGCCAAUUUCUGGAUCAACGCAGAAGAAAUCAAUUCCGAGGUUGCACGAGGAUGAGUCAGUUGCUGAUAUUGCAAUAAAUUCCCAAGAACAUCCUAGUCCUGUCUCAGUCCUCGAUGGCUCUGUGUACAGAGAUGAUGAGCCUUCUCCUGUAAGGCAGAUUGCUGAUACUCCCAAAGCUGAUGAUGCCCAAGAGUGUGAAGGAAAUGAGAAUGAAGAUUGGUGGAACCCUGCGGAUAAAUUAGUUUACAGUGCAGGAUCUGGAGAGAUCAAUCGCAAGAAACUGCAGAGCAUAGAUCAUCUUGUUCAGAAGCUUAGGCGGGUGAAUUCCAGUCAUGAUGAAUCUAGAAAUGAUUACAUUGCUUCCCUCUGUGAAAAUACAAAUGCUGACCAAAGAUACAUAUCUGAAAUAUUAUUAGCUUCAGGCCUCCUACUGAGAGAUCUGAGCUCUGAGCUGCUGACAUUUCAACUUCAUCCUUCAGGCCAUCCCAUUAACCCUGAGUUAUUUUUCGUGUUAGAGCAAACCAAGGCAAGUAGUUUCAUUCCGAAAGAAGAAUGUGGUCCAGGAAAAGUUGCUUGUUCAAAGCUGAAUGCAGAGAAAUUUCACAGGAAACUCAUAUUUGAUGCUGUGAAUGAGAUUCUUGGCGUGAAGUUAGCUUUAGUUAGCUCUUCUCCUGAACCUUGGGUGAAGCCUAGCAGGCUUACCAAGAAAAGCCUCGGUGCACAAAAGCUUCUUAAAGAACUGUGCUUUGAGAUAGAAAAAAUCCAAUUCAAGAAGCCUGAAAGCAGUCAAGAACAUGAAGACGGUCUCGGAAGGAUACUCUCAGAAGAUGUUAUGCAUGGCUCAGAGAGUUGGAUAGAU